AUGUGAGUAAUAUGGUUUUGUUAAAAUGUGUUUUCAUGGGGGUUAGUUAAGAUUUUUGUUUCAGACAAAAAUAGGCCUUCGUUUUUUAGCCUUUGCUGCUGCACCAGAUGGUGUGUCGGCCCUCUCAAAAACUGGGUCAGAUAUCAGAGAAAGCCAGGGAGGCACCCUGAAACAAGAUUUUUAUUUGGGAAAGAUAAACCUUGACAUCUUCCAUGUUUGUCAGUCACCCACUGACUUGAAGCAUGUUUUGGCCCACCUCAUUUAAAGCGGUUUAAUUUUAGGUAUUUGAUUGCUCUGUAGGUUUAUUCUUAAGUCUUCAUGGCAUAGUUUGUGACUAGAGUUUAGUUCAUUAUAUAUGUUAAUACCAGAAGCCAUUGUGAGCAUAAUCCUGUAGCUGCAGAGUCAAUUCAGCUCUCCUAUGAAGUGUUUAAGUGUAAUUAGGUGGAUGAUGGUGGAGGAAAUGAAUGAAUGAAUGGAUGAAUGAGUGAGUGUUUGGCAGUGUGUCACCAUUGCUGAAGAGGUAAUGGACAGCAACAGUACUGAAACUGUCUUUAUAACAAGUGCUGUGUCUGAUUAUUUUGUUCUAUACUGGGAGUAAGUUUAAUGCCUGUAAUGUUGUAAUUUUGAUAAACUGAGGCUGCUUUUGUGGCAGUCGUGUGCCCAGCAGGAACAAACAUGCUUUUGUCUAUCUGCAAAAAACUUUCGUUCCACUAGAUGGGGAUCUUUACUCUUUUUUUCUUUUUCUAGCUCUUUGACUCUGACCAAAAUACAACAUAGGCUCAACAUUAGCUGGCCAGUUAAUCAAUUGUCAGUGUUGUGCAGGUUCAGCUGAUGCGAUGCAGUUUUUGAAUGUGACAUGAAAAAUUCAGAAUCUUUUCUGAACCAUUUUGCUUAGUGUAUGCCCUGAGGUCUCAAGAAAGGCUUGUCAUUUUGAAAAGCCAAAUUAUAGCUGACUUGAUCACAUGUAAAGAUGUGUUCAUGUGUAGUCUGUCUGAUUUACGCAAGUGUUAUCUAAGAAAAUCUUUAGCUUUGUAGUUAAUAAAGACUUUUAAAUAAAGUUUUAUUUGACACUUUUACACUAUUUUACUUAAUUUCCCUCUGGAUCAUUUCUAUCUAUCCAUUUAUCUUGAUUGAUGUCUAUGCCCGCAGCAUGAGGUGUCAAUAAAGCAAAGUUUAAAAAAAGCAAAGUGUCAAAAAAAAACCAACAACUUUAUUUGUUUUACUUGUUUUGGAAGGUCAUGUGGUUAUUGCACUUUAAAUCAUAAAAGUGCAUAGUAAUAAUUAAUUCUUCUAAACUACAUGAGGCGCAGGAAGUUGUCUCGUCAUGGCUUGCGUUACUGGCCCUUGUUGGGCAUUGGUUGUCACUAUUUAUAAUACUUCAUAUCAGGCGGUCCUGUGCUGUGUGUGUUUAAGCGGUCUGUCUACCCUCAGAAUUUUCCAGCAGAGAAGAUUGAGAGUUCAUUGGUCAGCUUACACACUAAGCUGGUUUCUGUGCUUAUCCAGUCUGACCACUCAGUAUCUUUGACUUUUUUUUGUCACCUGCUGUUCAUCUGGAUCUGCUGUGUUUGUGUUUUUGUUUUCUCUCUUGCUCGGUUAAAUAUGCUUCCUCAUGAUAUACAGCGUUUCUAAUUGCUAUUUUUAGACGAGUGGAAAAAACUUUUGUCCUUCACUCACCUUGCCGCUCAGCUGGCGGGUUGUAGUCGGUCUCCAGGCUUCCUGGCUGUCAUGCUAGUUACACACUUUGAUCUGCAAUGCCCUCCUCGGUGGCUGUUUUUCCCUGCGUUGGCUACAGGAAGCUCAUUCCUUGGUUGCUAGGGCAACCGAGGAGGAUGGCCCCCAGUAGGAGUGGGGGAAGCCUUGGGCUGCCUUUGAGCUCGUCGUUUUGCAGUGUGCCUGUGGACCUGCUGUGGGCCGGGAGGAGGAGCCAUCUCUGUAGAGGAGCCGGCCCAGUAUGGCUCCUGCCGCCCAGCUGCCCCACCAUGAGACAGAGCACCAGCAUUAGAGCUAGUGCACCUCUCUCCCUCUGCUGGCCACUGCACAACUCUGACUCACUCUGCUCCAGUAGAAACAGGAGCACAGGCGGCAAGAUGUCAUCCUCCACCAGCAGCGAUGGACAAGGGAAGCCUAAAUCUAAAUCCCCAUUUCGCAAGAGGGGGAGCCUGCAGAGCACCACCAGCCCUGACCUGUACAGUGCAUCCGUGCCCAAGCCCCUCAAGCCCCAGAGAUCUCUUCCUGGGACGCCUGUUUCUAUCAAACACUACCCAAUUGACCUGCGGAGAUCCAUGGAGGAAAAGUACAAAGAGAUUGCUGAGGAGCUGUUCACACGCAGCAUGACAGAAAGCGAGAUGCGAAGUGCUCCUUAUGAGUUCCCAGAGGACAGCCCCAUCGAACAGCUGGAAGAGCGACGGCACCGCCUAGAGAGGCAAAUCAGCCAGGAGAUUAAGCUUGAGCCAGAGAUCUUGCUCCGUGCCAAACAGGACUUCAUGAAAAUCGACAGUGCUCCAGAUCUAGAGUUAAUCAAGGAGAAGAGUGUGGACACCGUUGACGAUGGCAUUAAGGAGCGGGAAAUGCCAAUAGAGAAGGAGUACCAACGGGUCUCAAUAUCUGGAGAGGAAAAGUGCGGGGUGCCCUUCACUGAUCUUGUAGAUGCAGCAAAGUGUGUGGUGAAGGCAUUAUUCAUUCGGGAGAAGUACAUAAACCGAUCUAUGCAGAAUUUUUGUAAGACCACGGCUCACGCCCUGCACGAGCUCGGGAUGAAGCCUCUGGAUCUGAAGGUCUAUGACGACAUACCAGAGACCCCUGUUGAUGCUGAUGCCCCGGUCCACCCACCUGUUUCAGAGACACACCCCUAUGACAAUCAGGAUCCCAAGAAUAUGCCUGCAGACACAGGAUAUGGUUGCAAGAUGGUGGAUGGAGUAGUUCAUGUUUACACCAAGAAGAACAACAUGGAAAAAAGUACCGAACUGGACCUUCCCUAUCCUGACCUGAAGGAGUAUAUUGCUGACAUGAAUGUUAUGAUGGCCCUCAUUAUAAACGGACCAGUGAAGUCUUUCUGCUACCGCCGCCUGCAGUACCUGAGCUCUAAAUUCCAGAUGCACAUCCUCCUGAAUGAGAUGAAGGAGCUGGCAGCUCAGAAGAAAGUCCCGCACAGAGACUUCUACAACAUACGAAAGGUGGACACACACAUACAUGCAUCAUCCUGCAUGAAUCAGAAGCACCUGCUCCGAUUCAUCAAGAGAGCCAUGAAGAAAUACCCCGAGGAGAUUGUUCACGUUGAGCACGGCCGUGGGCAGACCCUCAAGGAGGUGUUUGAGAGCAUGAACCUGACUGCCUUCGACCUGAGUGUGGACACCCUCGACAUGCACGCUGACCGUAAUACGUUCCAUCGCUUUGACAAGUUCAAUGCCAAAUACAACCCCAUCGGAGAGUCCAUCCUCAGAGAGAUCUUCAUCAAGACUGACAACUAUAUUGAAGGAAAAUACUUUGCACACAUAAUCAAGGAGGUGAUGUCUGACUUGGAGGAGAGUAAGUACCAGAACUCGGAGCUACGCCUGUCCAUCUAUGGUCGCUCCAGAGACGAAUGGGAUAAGCUGGCUCAGUGGGCUGUUAAACAUCGAGUGUACUCUGAUAAUGUGCGCUGGCUCAUCCAGGUGCCCCGUCUGUUCGACGUGUACCACACAAAGAAACAGCUGGCUAAUUUCCAGGAGAUGUUAGAGAAUAUCUUCAUGCCUCUGUUUGAAGCCACAAUGAACCCCCGCAGUCAUCCUGAGCUGCACCUCUUCCUGGAGCAUGUGGUGGGCUUCGACAGCGUGGACGAUGAGUCCAAACCUGAGCACCACAUUUUCAAUCUUGACAGUCCACUGCCACCUAACUGGACAGAAGAAGACAACCCACCCUACUCUUACUACCUCUACUACACCUAUGCCAACAUGACCGUGCUCAACCACCUGCGAAGGCGACGAGGCUUCCACACGUUUGUGCUGCGACCUCACUGUGGGGAAGCCGGGCCGAUCCACCACCUGGUGUCAGGUUUCAUGUUAUCAGAGAACAUCUCCCAUGGGCUGCUGCUCAGAAAGGCCCCAGUGCUGCAGUAUCUUUACUACCUUGCUCAGAUUGGCAUCGCCAUGUCACCACUGAGUAACAACAGUCUGUUCCUCAGCUACCAUCGCAACCCGCUGCCCGAGUAUCUGUCCAGGGGCCUCAUGGUCUCUCUGUCCACUGAUGAUCCUCUUCAGUUCCACUUCACCAAGGAGCCUCUGAUGGAGGAGUACAGCAUUGCUACUCAGGUGUGGAAACUGAGUUCCUGUGACAUGUGUGAGCUGGCAAGAAACAGUGUCCUCAUGAGUGGGUUUUCACACAAGGCCAAAAGCUACUGGCUGGGCCCCAGUUAUUGUAAGGAGGGUCCCUUGAGCAACGACAUCCGCCGCACCAACGUCCCCGACAUCCGCGUGGCGUACCGCAGCGAGACGCUCUCCGAGGAGCUUCAACUCAUCACUCAGGCUGUGCGCACCGAAGAGCUGGACACCAUAGAUGAGGAGGACGCUCUAUCCAUGGGGCCUCUCCCGGGAGGACGCUGAAAUCCCAAUCACCUGGAUGUGUCCUGUAAAAUCCCCAACCCCCAUGCUCCACCCAGAAUAACACUGAAGAGCAAGAUGUGAUCAUAAUUUUGUCUUUCAUCCUACAUAGAGCAUAAACACCAUGUGCCAUCGCCACAGAAGUACGCCGCACACUGACAGCUACACGGCUACCAGAAAGCCAGCGAUACAGUUCUGCGCACAGCCCUUCAGCUUCAUUGUUCUUUUGUGUCAGGGCUUCCCCCAGCUCCUGUUGUAUAACCUCUGCCUCUGUUGUUCUCUGUGAAAUGUUUACUCCCUGUAUGAAGGUUAGCGGACAUGACCAGCACCAGGGUUUUUAGUGAAUGAAAAGCAUGGAAACCCGCAGCACUUUCUUUAUUUCUAGGUAUAUG